AUGGUGGAGAUGAUCGAGAGGGUGGCAGAGAUGGGUGGCCCCGAUGGGGGGAGACUGGGGGGAGCCACCGAUGGGAGAGACGGAGGAGGUGGAAACAGAGGGGGAGGUCUCGAUGGGAGGGGCAGAGGAGGUGGCGAUGGAGGGGGAGGCGCUGAUGGGGGAAUGGAUGAAGUGGCGACGGAGGAGGUGGCCUCGAUGGGAGGGACAGAUGAGGUGGUGACGGAGGAGGGGGCCCCGGAGGGCGAGAGGACGCCCAUCGUGAUUGAGGGUAAGAGACAUGCUGUUGAUGAGACGGAGUAG